AUGACCGCUGAAGACCGCAAGCCAAUCUUGGGACUGAUCGUUGCGAUCCUCAUUGUGCUCUGCAUCGCCGGUAUUCUGGUUUCGAUGUUCUUGGCAAGGUUUUGUCUGUUGAGUGCGAAAACUGCAACAAGGACGGUCUUACCAUGUGAACACUCUAAACCCUCAAUACAAAACUGUGAGAACCACUUUAAUGUGUCAGCAACCACGCUGGACAUUCCGGGACGUUCGCCCUCUGGUACCAAAUCUACUCGACACGUAAUUCCGGAUAGUCCGCACCGUAUCCACCACGCCCGGAGAAGCGUUCCUGCACGUAACAGUGAUCCCGGAUCUAUUCCACGUGCACCUGGGUCCGAAUAUUCGGCACCUGGAGGUGUCUAUGCGCCAAAUGAGCUCACCCCUCCAAUGAUUCUCCCACCGACAGAGCUCUACGGAACGAUCCCACGUGCCACGCUGAUUCCUCGCAACGGGCAGCCGCCGUCACCUCAGGACCCAAAAGAUCUGCCGUUCCUCGACCCGAACAGGAAGCAAGAGACCCAAACAAGAGAGGAACUUAUCUAUUGA